AAACCCACUAUCCCUCCUCCGGUUCCACCCGUUUACAAGCCAACUCUUUCUCCUCCAGUCUACACCGAACCAACCCUUCCACCUCCGAUUUACACUCCACCAUCAUACAAACCAACCCUACCUCCUCCGAUCUGCAAAAAGUCUCCGAGCUAUUCUCCUCCUACAUAUGUCCCAAAACCAACCUACACUCCACCCGCCAAGCCAUAUGUCUCAAAACCAGUACACACUCCACCCACCAAGCCAUACGUCCCAGAGAUUCUUAAAGCCGUUGAUGGCAUCAUCCUCUGCAAAAACGGUUACGAAACCUAUCCAAUUCAAGGAGCAAAGGCAAAGAUUGUGUGCUCCGAGCCAGGAUCAUACGGGAAUAGCAAGAAGGAUCUUGUGAUCUACAGCGAUCCAACUGACGCCAAUGGAUACUUCCACGUGGCAUUGACCAGCAUUAAGUACCUACUUCACUGUCCACCAGUGGAGACUUGCAACAACCCGACCAAUGUCAACAAAAGUCUCACUGGAGUUCCAUUGUCGAUGUACGGAUAUAGGUACCACUCCGACAAAAAUUUGAAGAUCUUUAGCGUUGGACCUCUCUACUUCACCGGUCACAAGAAUUCUCCCACCACUCCCAAAUACUGAUCAUAAUAUCACAUUAGUUAACAUGAUUAUCUUGCAUGCGUUAUAUCUGAA